GGUGAUGCAGUCACAAGUGGCUCUGUGACGUUCCAGUUGUCUGUCAGCGUCGAUAUGGCUCCAGCAGUGCAGAUUCUGGUCCACAGUGGUCUUCCCAGUGAGAAUGCAGUUGCUGCUAGUGUGCCGUUUGACACCGAUAUGCAUUUCCAGAACCAGGUGUCUCUGCAGUUUUCUCCAGCUACGGCUGUUCCUGCGGAGGGAAACGUUCUGGUGGUUGCUGCUCAAGCAGGAUCUCUGUGUGGUAGAUCAGAGCAUCCGGAUCAUGGAGCCAGGAAGACGUCUGAGUGCUGAAAGGGUGUCUGUGUGCCUCAAUCAGGUUU